AUGAGCAAAUACAAUAUUCAGUAUGUCCUACCUCUUUAUGGAGGGAAAAAAGGGCAUCGGCUAGGACUAAAUGUAGUUACGAUUGAUGAUAUUGAAAACGGAGAACGUCUUUAUACGGCAGGUCGAGAUGGGAUGAUUUUUUCGUGGAAUCUUAAACGUUGUUUCGGGGAGAAGAAAGGAUUUGAAGAAGAAAGAGAUAAAAAAGGGAUAUAUAAAGAGGACCUAAGUGAUAUUUUGGACGAGAAAGACGUAAAAGAAAAUUUUGAUGCGCAUAUAAUAAGAAAAAAAGCGCAUACAAUCCAUGCUUUAGAUAAAUCGGGGACCAAUUAUACGGGGAAUUAUACGGGGAAUUAUACGGGGAAUUAUACGGGGAAUAAUAUGGGGAAUAAGGGGAUUUUUAAAGAUAAAGGACCAUUAUAUCAUUCAGAGGUUCAGGCACAUAUGCAUUGGGUGAAUGAUUUGGCAUUGGUAGAUUUAUCAAGAUUUAGUAAAGAUUAUAAAUUGAAAAAUCAAGCUAAUUGGAUAGUUAUUUCAUGUUCAUCGGAUCAUAGUAUUAAAAUGUGGAAAACGGAUAAUUUUGAGUUAGAAGCGGUUACAAUUGGUAAACAUGAAGACUUUGUUAAAUGCCUGGCUAUACCGAAGAAUUGUUCUACAUGGAUUGCAUCGGGGGGUUUAGAUCGAAAAAUUAAUAUAUGGGAUUUACAUAGUCAAGAGAAAGUUUUAGAUAUUGAUACAAGCGUAGAAGGAUCUAAAGGAGGGGUGUAUGCUUUAGGUGCUAAACAAGAAUUAAUUACUAGUGGAUGUUCGGGAGGAGUGGUUCAUGUUUGGGACAAACGAUCGGGACAGUCUAUAGUAAGUUUUACAGAUCAUAAAGAUGCGAUUCGAACUAUACUUGUAUCAGAUGAUGGAGAAACGAUUUUAUCAGGAUCAUCGGAUACAACAAUCAAAGCAUGGUCUUUAAAGGAAAGACGGUGUUUACAAACGUUUACGAUGCAUGAAAGUAGUGUUUGGUCAUUAUUUUCAAAGGACUCAAGGUUGCAUACAUUUUAUUCAGGAGAUCGAUCGGGAUAUUUAAUGAGGACUCGAACGAUGCUAUUAUCAGGGGAAGAAAAUGUUUCGUAUAUUAUAUGUCGUGAACAAAGCGGUAUAAACAGGAUUGCAGCAAUUGAUUCUUUAAUAUGGACAUCUACGUCAUCACCUAAUAUUCAUUGCUGGCUCGAUGCACCUUUAGAUUCUACGAUACAAAAAUCUUUUAAUACAAGAAAAUCACAAGACAUUCCUAUAUUUUCGGGAAAAACGUUUACCGAGUCCUCUUUAGUUACCGAAUCCUUGGCAUCAUCUUAUGAUACAAAUAUGUUUGAAUCAAAUCAUAAGGAAAAUUCGAUAUCCAAUGAAUUUCACUUUUUGAACAACUGUUAUGUAUAUAAUAAAGAUCCUUUAGAACGUGAAAAAGAGAUUGUUCCAUUGAGAAAAUCACCGCAAUAUACUAUUCAAAGCCAAAUUGGACUAAUCAAACAUAUUUUAUUAAAUAAUCGUAUACACGUCUUAACCAUUGAUACACAAGGCGAAGUAUCCCUAUGGAACAUUGUUACGUGUGCACAUGUUAAAAAUUAUGGAAAAUGUGAUAUAAAUGAAUUGGAAAAAAAAUUGAAUACCCUCAAUUACGUUGCCAAUUGGUGUUAUGUUGAUACACGAAUCGGUGCACUUACUGUUUCUCUAAAUGAGAAUUCAUGUUUUGAUGCAGAAGUAUAUGCUGAUGAAAUCGAUAUUUGCAAAGAUUAUGGAUACAAUGAAGAUCAUAAAAUCAAUUUAGGGAAAUGGGUGCUUCGUUGUUUAUUUAAUAAUUUCAUAGAGGCUCAAAUAAAGAAUGAUAAUCAAUAUCGACAUUCCAUAAUGGAUAUUCCUUUAGAUGAUUUAAAAGUAAAUGAAACAUUAUUAUCCUUAAAUAACUUUCCUGACUUAAUUCAAAACGAUUCUCAAUCCAUACCUGAUAACCUAGAAACAUCUAAAAAAAUAUCAUCAGACGAAAAUAUUAAUAUCAUUGAUUCCAUUUCGGCUCAUUGUUCCUCCAAAGAGGUAUCUUCAAUACAUGAUAAUGAAAAUAAUAUAGAAAAGAAAUUAUCUUCUCUUGAUAUUUUAAACAAAGAAAAUAGAUUUUUUAAUAAGCAGGAUUCGAGUACCCAUAUGACUAAAUUAGAGGAAUCUCUUUUUGCUUCAAUUGACCUAAAUGAUCAUAACACAAGUAGUUUUACUUUUAUAGAUCGUUUAAGAUUUUUUCGAACAAAAAAAGUACUAAAAACAAUACCAAAAGAUUCGAAAGAACAAGACAAUCGUAAGUACAAAUUUUCAUUAUUUCUUUUAGCAUUAAAUAAUAAAGUUCAAAACAUCGAAAAAAAAGACACAUUAUCUACCGACCCGAAGAACUUUCAACCAUUACUUGACCCUGAAACACAGAAAACGAACGUUCUUCAUAUUAAUCAUUUCGUGUCAGAUAUUAUCAAUAGUCUUCAUAAUGAUUAUCGAUCUUUUAGAUUAUCACAUCCAGACAUGCUCAUUGCUACAAAAAUUUAUCCAAUACGCUCUGAUGAAGCACCUAUUCUUCAACUUCCCCAUAAUACUAUUUUGAUCAUAUCAAAAGAAGAGUUUGUUACGAAGAAUACUAUAAAUGUAUAUAAAGGAAAAAUCGCUUGUAUUAUUCAACAUGUCGAUAUUUUAGAAAAUGUUUUACCAGCAUGGCUAGGAAAUAUGCUUCUUUUCAACAAAAUUCCAAACGGAGAGAUACAAAAAAUCAAUUUUAUCCUUCAACCGUAUCAAAAUUCCCACCUUCCAAAAAUAUAUGAUGAAAAUAAAGAAUGUAUAGCAUCCGGAAUGUUGCGAGUUGGAAAAAUCUUAACUUAUAUCUUAAAACAUUUUAAUAAAAUAGAACUUUUGGAUACUAACCCAGAAAAUUAUUUGCAAUUAAUAUGCAACAAAGAAGUUUUGUCAAUUAAGACCACCCUAAUUACCAUAAAAACUCGUAUUUGGAAAUCAAAAGGAAGCAUAAUUUUGCAUUACCGUCCUUUAAAUCAAGAGAUAUACGAAACAUAUUUCAAAUAA